AUGUUAGAUGAUUUUAUCAUUAAUCAAAAUCAAAUUGAAUUGAAUACAGUCGAUUUAAAUAUUGACAAUGUUAUUCAUUCAUCAUCAUCAUCAUCACCGUCAUCGUCAUCAUCAUCGUUGUCAUCAUCUUAUGCAAUAUCAUCUGUAGAGAUAUGGGCACUUAUAUUAACAUUUUUAUAUUAUGCAAUAAUGAUUUGUUUAGGUAUAUUAUGUUGGUUAAAUGCUAAACGUAAAUAUAAAAAUCGUCAAAAAUCAAUAGAUAUAUCAACAUGGUCACGUUUUCAUAUUGGUCCUAAUCAAUUACAUAUUAAAUAUACAGAUGAUGAUGGUGAUUCUAUGACUAAUUAA